AUGUCGUCUCUCGAAGCUGCGCUUGACGCAGAGAUGAAGGAGGUCGUGGCUCUCCUAGAAGGAAAGCCCAAGGGCCUAGGUCGUCGCGCCGACAGUCCUUCAGUAUCCCAGCGUGCCCAGAGCCCUGGCUCAGCUGCCUCCCCUAAGCGCAGUAUGCUCGAUGUCGACAACAGCAAAAGACGAAGCACCAGCCGCGGUAGCACUGGCAUACCUUUCGCCAUGCCAUCGUCUCCCCGCCGCGUCAACCCCGAAGCAGCAUACAAGUUCGACAUGUUGCCUUCCAUAGAUGCGCAAGCAUUGCCUAAACGAGUGUCUCAGGGUGGAUACAAGGACCCGAAGCCUAGAGCAAUGUCCUCUGUAUACGGCAAUUCGAGUGGUUUUCUCGGCGGUGGCUCAGGGAGGGACCGACACAACUCUGCGACUGGUCCCUUUGCCAGAUCAAAGUCUGGAUCGCCUGGACCUCAUCGAUCUGCUUCUCCCCUCAGCCCGCCUGCCUCGCCUGCGCCGACUUCCAGUAACACAUUGGUCACGGACUCGGGAAAACGCAUCGACGGCGACACUGCAUAUCGGAAGCUGUCAGAUUCAGCACUCGCACGUUCUGAGGGAGGGUUGUCAGCCUUGCCGAACCGCAAAGGUUCAGAUCCGGCUACAGGAACUGCCACCGCACCCGGUGGAGGCGUGCGCUUGACAACCGAUGACGAUGGAGAUGAGAGCGCUGCAGUAGAGAGCAGUGACGGAGAUUCUGACAGCUCAGAUUGGGACGACGGAAGUGCCUUUGCAGGCUCCAAGAAGAAAGAGCGAGGCCGCCGACGGACCAGAAAGGAAUCUGGUGGUACUGACAGUAUGGGUAGGGAGAUUAUCACAGCUAAGAGUUUGUUUGCUACCGCCGAGCAGGAAGGUGCGACAGAAAUAUCUACCCAUUUCGGCAACAAUUGCUAA